CAUGAUGAGCCUGCAGCAGCGUUCUCAGAAGCGAGCCAGCUAUCUGCUUCACCUGGACGAGAUCAGUCCUCGCCUCGUCUCCAUGACAACAACAGAGAUGGCGCUCCCAGGUGAGGUAUCGGCAUCAGAUGCCGUCACCAUACAGAGCGUAGGCAACACCAUCACCAUCCUGCCCACCAAAACCAAGCCCAAGAAGCUGUUCUUCCUGGGCUCCGACGGACGCAACUACCCGUACCUCUUUAAAGGUCUGGAGGAUUUGCAUUUGGACGAGCGCAUCAUGCAGUUCCUGUCAAUCGUCAACACCAUGUUCACCAAGAUCAACCAGCAGGAGCAGCCGCACUUCCACGCCCGCCACUACUCCGUCACCCCCCUCGGGACCCGGUCUGGACUCAUCCAGUGGGUAGACGGGGCCACGCCGCUCUUCGGCCUUUACAAGCGCUGGCAGCAGAGGGAGGCGGUGCUGCAGGCUCAGAAGGUUCAGGACUCCUUCCAGCAGCAGCCGGUGCCCCCGGUCCCCCGCCCCAGUGAGCUGUACUACAGCCGCAUCGGGCCGGCUCUGAAGGCUGUGGGGCUCAGUCUGGAUGUGACCAGGCGAGACUGGCCCCUGAGCGUCAUGAAGGACGUGCUGAAGGAGUUGAUGGAGACUACGCCCUCAAACCUGCUGGCCAAGGAGCUGUGGUGUUCGUGCACCACCCCCAGCGAGUGGUGGAGGGUCACUCAGUCCUACGCCAGAUCCACUGCUGUCAUGUCAAUGGUGGGAUACAUCAUCGGCCUCGGUGACCGUCACCUCGACAACGUGUUGAUUGACAUGACCACUGGAGAGGUGGUGCACAUUGACUACAAUGUGUGCUUUGAAAAAGGUGGGGUGUACAAGUGCUAUACGAGACCUCCACGAGACCUCCUUGCUGGCUGGGUUGAAGGUGAUGGCUGUGGUGGAGCCUUUGUGCUGAGGUGUAUCUUGACCUGGUGGCAGCCGCAGAUGGAGGUGGAGGCAGCUGUAGUGAUGCUGGUUUGCUGGUCCUUGGUGGUGAUGGCUCUGGUGAAGGCCCUUGAGCCACG